GCAAGCGACAGCACUUCGCGGGCCGCGUCUCUUUAACCGCUGGCCGUGAAAGAGCCACGUCUGCGAUCGACGAAACGGACUGUCUGAUAGAGACUGAGUUUACUUACGACCCGCACAAGAUCACAAGCUCGUUGCCGCGAAGAUGCUGUUAAAGUGUCUCACUAUUUUGCCGCUGCUACUCUUCGGCGUCUACGCCGACGAGAAGGAUGUCCUGGAGCUCACCGACGAGACCUUCGAGAGCGAGCUCGAGCGCCACGAGAACACACUCGUCAUGUUUUACGCACCAUGGUGCGGGCAUUGUAAACGCUUGAAGCCAGACUUUGCCAAAGCAGCAGAGUUGCUCAUAGGCAACGAGCCACAGAUCACUCUCGCUAAGGUGGAUUGUACAGAAGGCGGAAAGGGAACUUGCAACAAGUUUUCUGUCAGUGGUUAUCCAACUCUCAAGAUUUUUGAACGUAACGAGGUCAGGUCUGAUUAUAAUGGUCCCAGAGAAGCAUCCGGUAUUGUUAAGUACAUGAAGUCUCAAGUGGGACCAGCAUCUACAGAAUUGACUAGUGAAAAGGCCCACAAGACGUUCCUAGAGGCUGACGAAGUCAGUGUGAUAGGUUACUUCGAAAAGGAUGAUUCUCCAUUGGCCGCAGUAUUCCAUACUGUUGCCAAGAAGCUCAGAGAAAAAGUCAGAUUCGCUCACACAUCGACAAAAGAGGUUUUGGACAAAGUGUCCCACAAAAACACUAUUGUUCUAUAUCGACCAAAGAUACUCCACAACAAGUUCGAAGAUAAAAGUAUAAUAUACGAGGGUGGCGACUCUAUUAGUGAUGUAAACGACUUUGUCACCAAGAACUACUAUGGUAUCGCUGGCGUACGCACUCGCGACAACGCACAGGAUUUCAAAAAUCCUCUAGUGGUUGCCUAUUACAACGUGGAUUACGUGAAGAACGGCAAAGGCACAAACUAUUGGCGCAACCGAAUCAUCAAAGUCGCCAAGGACUUCCCCGAAUACUCCUUCGCCAUAGCUUCCAAGGAUGACUUCCAGCACGAGUUGAACGACUUUGGCAUCGACUACGCGAAAGGCGAUAAGCCGGUUGUUCUAGCGCGAGAUGCCAAAAACCAAAAAUUCGUUCUUCAGGACGAGUUCUCAGUGGAGACGUUCGAAGUGUUCCUGAAGGAUCUGCAGGCCGGCGCUCUGGAGCCGUAUCUCAAAUCCGAACCGAUCCCGGAGAGCAAUACGGGCAACGUAAAAGUCGCGGUGGCCAAAAACUUCGAUGAUGUAGUCACCAACAACGGUAAAGAUACGCUGAUUGAAUUUUACGCGCCCUGGUGUGGCCACUGCAAGAAAUUGGCGCCAAUAUUUGACGAGUUGGGCGAAAAGCUGGCGGACGAGGAUGUCGAGAUUGUCAAGUUUGACGCGACGGCAAACGACGUGCCAGCUCCGUACGAGGUACGUGGUUUUCCUACCCUCUUCUGGGUGCCCAAAGAUGACAAGGACAGCCCGGUCAAAUAUGAAGGCGGUCGCCUGCUCGACGAUUUCGUCAACUACAUUGCCAAACAUGCCACUGAUGAGCUCAAGGGCUACGAUCGUAAGGGCAAUGAGCGCAAGUCUAGAACUGACGAGCUAUAAGACAUUAUAGAAAAAGACGAUCGCAAAGUUCGUUUCAGAAUGCAAUCGGAUCGACGAUCCGCGAGUUUUCCUCAUAUAAUACACGAGUACAGUUAAGAACGCGCAAAUGUGCAUAAACAUAGAAAAGAAUAACGCUGUGAGUGCAGAUAUAAUGCGUUCCCGCAUUACGCAUUUUGCAAUAAGUGAUAGAUGAAGAAUGUUCGUCAAAUAGGGAGUGUUUCUAGUAUUUAGAAUUGUUUAGCAUGUAUUAAUUCUACACAUUUGUCACGUAUUUGUAACGAUUAUAUAAUGACGUGAUGCGGCGUACAGAAUUAAUUUUAAACUAUUUCCAUAAUAAUGUACUUCACGACUGAAGAAUUAUACAGAUAUAAAUAUAGAUAUGUAUCCGCGUAUAAUUCUUUAUAUAUAAGAUACUGUCUAUUCAAACAUUCUUCAUCUUUCAUUUAUUACAAAAUAUAUAUAUAUGAAAUAACACACACACAUACACUCCAUUCCAAUCUAGCGUGUUUCGAUUAUACACUAAGAGAUAAUGCAGCGAUUUCUGUUUAUACGAGAGUCAAAAUAAAUUGUUUUGUACAAAA